GAGAAACGGAAAGGAGGAGGGAUCGGAAGAGGACGUCAGCGACCGGAAGCAUCUCCCGCUGCUAGCGACGCUUCGUGUUUGAACGGCAGUUUAAAACGGAAAACAUUGAUCAUCAGCACCAUGGCUGUCAGACGGGGACACAUCCGAUACCUGAAGGUCUGUGAGGUGCAGUCUUCACAGAACGACAGCCAACACAACAAAGCAGCCAACAUGAAGGUGGCUCAGCAAGAGUCGUACGAUAACGGCUACGAGGAGCUCAUGUCGGAUGAGGCGAAAGACGCUAAGACCAACCUGAUCGUGAACUACCUGCCCCAGAACAUGAGCCAGGAGGAGCUGCACUCGCUGUUCAGCUCCAUCGGUGACGUGGAAUCGGCCAAGCUCAUCAAGGACAAGGUGGCAGGCCACAGUUUAGGCUACGGCUUUGUUAACUUUGUUAACCCUAGUGAUGCAGAGAGGGCUAUCAGUACCCUGAAUGGCCUGAGGCUUCAGUCUAAAACUAUCAAGGUGUCGUUUGCGCGGCCCAGCUCUGACAGCAUUAAAGAUGCUAACUUGUACAUUAGCGGGCUGCCCAAGACGCUGAGCCAGCAGGAGCUGGAAGACAUGUUCACACGCUACGGACGCAUCAUCAACUCCCGGGUCCUGGUGGACCAGGCCUCAGGUACACACCCUACCUGCGUGUCUAGGGGCGUGGCCUUCAUCCGGUUCGACAAACGCUCGGAGGCGGAGGACGCCAUCAAAGACCUCAACGGCCAUGUGCCCCAGGGCUCCUCGGAGCCAAUCACAGUCAAGUUCGCGGCCAACCCCAACCAGAUCAAGAAGUGCCAGCUGCUGUCGCAGCUCUACCAGAACCAGUCCCGGCGCUUCGGAGGGCCGGUGCACCACCAGGCCCAGCGCUUCAGGUUCUCCCCGAUGGGCGUUGACCACAUGGCGGGCGUGGGCGGGGUGGGGGGAGUGGCGGGGAACUGCCCCGGCGGCUGGUGCAUCUUCAUCUACAACCUGGGGCAGGACGCGGACGAGGGCAUCCUGUGGCAGCUGUUCGGGCCGUUCGGCGCCGUCACCAACGUCAAGGUGAUCCGCGACUUCAACACCAACAAGUGCAAGGGCUUCGGCUUCGUCACCAUGCUGAACUACGAGGAGGCGGCCAUGGCGGUCAGCAGCCUGGACGGGUACCGCAUGGGGGACAAGACGCUGCAGGUGUCCUUCAAGACCAGCAAGGGCCACACCAAGUAGACCUGUCCCCGGUCUCCUGUCCACCUGUCUCCUGUCCACCUGUCACCCGGUCUCCUGUCCACCUGUCCCCGGUCUCCUGUCCACCUGUCCCCGGUCUCCUGUCCACCUGUCCCCGGUCUCCUGUCCACCUGUCCCCGGUCUCCUGUCCACCUGUCCUGUUGGGACGCGCUGUACAGACGCUUUGAGUUCUUUAGUUGUUCCUCUGUUUGCUUUUAUCACCAACGCCGUUUUCUAUUUGUUUGACGGACCGCGCUGAGAGAGUUGUGGUUCCGCGCUGAGAGAGUUGUGGUUCCUCUCGUCUAUAUGGGGUCCCCCCCCCCCCACACACACACACACACGCACACAUCAAUAAACCGUUUUGACUGAA